AGGACAACGUACGUUUAUCGACAUGACCUCAUAGGCCUUCAUCAACGUGACCUCACAUGUCGUAUCAAUCCCAAAGUGGACAAAAUUCCGGAAAAGUUUCGACCCAGGAAGUUUGUUAUAUCUAGUCGCGUUGGCGAAGCCAAAGGCUGUAUUCGAUGUUGCGUCGCUCGAAAUCCAUCAAACGGAUAUCGCUAUCUGGCUGUGCUACUUCCUCACGGUAUUCUGCUUCUGCAGUGGUACGAGCCACUGCAGAGGUUCAUGCGAAUUCAGCUGAUCACCUGCAAAAUACCGAUACCCUUUCCCCUUUUCGAGAUGUUCGUAUCUCCUGAACUGGAAUAUCCGGUCGUUUGUUGCGGUGUUCGUCUUGGGUAA